AGGCAUCUCCUCUCCAUAUCCUCUUAUCGGGGCCUUAUCGUUUAAUUUUUGGGCGGGAAAAAAGCCGAUCUCAUUUCCCCCUUCUCUCUCUGUAUAUGGCCGUGAAUGUAUGAUAAAUCUGUGGAAUCAUAGACCAAAUCUCUCACUUAGCAAUUUAAAGGAUGUCGAAGUUCGAGUACCCAAUCAUGUCGCGCGGUGAGAUAGUGGCAAUAUUGGCGGAGUCCCAGAUCGCCAACAUAUCCGAGCACGAUCUCUUUAACCCCAACCCGGAUUUCAUCUCCGAGCUCUACACCCGUCUCCUCUUCCACAUCGACGCUCUCCAUGAGGAAGAUCAUGGGCAACUGGAGUUCGCAGCGCUUGAGCAGCUUGAGAACCCGGACUUCCAUGUUGAAUCUGCUCGGAUCAUGAAGCUGUACAACAGGAUAAAGGAAGUGCUGGCCUCGACAGAUUGCCCUAAGAGAUUUACCCUCAAAGACCUGAUAAGACCGGAUACUGACAGGACUGAAUUUUUCCUCAGCGCAAUUCUCAAUUUUGGUCUUCACAGACGGGCAAAACUGGAUUUUUUACGUCCAAUUGUGGAUGAAGUGAACCUUCUGGAGGAGCAGCAAAGAGAGUGGGAAGCUAAGAUAUCUCAGUUGAAUGCAGAGAUUGAGGACCACAAUGAAGCAAGAGAGAGGGAGUUGCCCCUUGUUCAGGAGGUAGAUGCAAAAGUUAAAGAAUUGCGUCAAACCAUUGCAGGACUUAACAAUCACCAGAUGUCAUUGAGAGCUUCUUUUCGCAAGCUGAAGGAGAAGACCGGAGAAAUGGAUGAGAAGAUUUCCAAUGCCGAGUUUGUUCUAGUGCAAAGUGUUCAAGAAAAUGCAAACUUACGUUCGAAAAUUGUACAAUCUCCAGAAAAGUUACAGAGGGCUUUAGAGGAGAAGAAAUCAGCUCGGGAGGUGGCAAAGAAUGCUGAAAAAAUAGCAAUACAAUCUUAUCAGGAUAAGAAUGCCAUUGUUGAGCUUUAUACAAAGGUGUUCAAGAAAAUGUUCAAACACUUUACCCAGAUGCAAGCAAUACAAGAACAGGUAAACUCAGCCAAAUCUAUUGAAAAGGACUUUAAGGCUUUAAAGGCUAAACUGAGUGAUGAGGGAAUGCUGGAUAAGUCACUUGAGGCUAAAUUGGUGGAACGACAAGGCAAAGUUGAACAGUUGGAUGACUUAAGAAAGCAGUUGGAGAAGGAAAGAGAUCUAAAAUGCGAGGAGGCUACCAAAGAGUUCAAUAAUAUGAAGUCGGAGGUGGAAUCUAGGAGACGUGAUCUAGAAGCUAGACAAAGGAAUGUUGAAGCUGUGGUUGUUGAGGUGGAUGCUAUAAAUUCAAGGGUUAAUUCAGUAAAAGAAUCUGGAGCAGCUAAAGUGCAGGAGUUAAUUAAAAAAUCUGAGGAGAUUGUGAAAGAGUUUCACCACUAUGCAAAAUCCAUUGAGGUCUUGCUGCCAACAAUAGAAGCAGAGUCAAAUUUUGAUUGAGUUGGAAAGAUGGGAUUUAUUGGAAGUAGAGGAGACAAAAACCAGGAAAUUCUCCUUCGUUUCUGGUCGGGGAGAGAGUUCCUAUUGGUGGAAGAACACAAAUUAAAGAACCUGGUCUUCUUUGGCCUUAUAUCGCAUUAAUCAUGAAUAUAUAAUAUGUUUUUUUUUUUUUUUUUUUUUUUUAAGUACUGUGGGCUCUAGCAAUAUAUAUAUAUAUAUAUAUAUAUAUGCCCCUAUCAUUGGGGUUUUAAAAGAAAUUGCCUUUUUUUUCCUCUUUUUACUUGGUUUUUUUUUUAUUCCCUUCAUUCCGCUUGAGCCCCUUUAGUAUAGAAUCAUAGAUCAGUGUGUGCGUUCACCAAAUGUCAUUCAUGAGACUUGAGAGCUUCUUUUAGUAAACUGAUCAAAGGAGAAUAAUUGGAAGAAUGGUUGAGAAUUAGGUGAUCGGGUACUUAUUGAAAACGACAGAUCACAAGGACUCUUAAUAUGUUACAAUCACAAGGACAAGAUGAUACAACUUUAGCCCCUUUAAUUUGUUAAAAUCACAAGUAAUACAUGAUGAUUACUUUUCAGCCUGUAUUAAUUGAUUUCAAAGUCUUUUUUUGAUCUCUAGCUCGAAGCUAUUAAUUAAUUUCCAAUGAAGAAGUGUGGAAAUUAAGCGGAUCGGAAACAAAAGUUUGAUUCUUGCAUGUAGUCUGUCUUGUAUAUACCUUCAAGUACUUGUGUUAUUGUUGAACUGAUCAAAAUGGCCCAAUGCUAGCUGUAUGUGUGUAUGCAUCGACCAAUAUGCAAAAUCUAUUGACGAUCAAGGUCUUCCUACUAGAAAUAGAUCGAUCGAUUGAAUGGA